GCUCCGGCGCGUUAAAAGGCAGAUUGAGACGCGCUGUCACAGCAUCGCACCCCACCGGGAUUUAGUGAUUUUGGACUUCUAUUGAUUUUAUCGAAAAUAUGUCUUCCUCGAGUCCCGACCAGCGCCUGGAUCACCUCCUGAGCGCCGUGAAGAGCGAGUUUCAGGAGGGCAGCGAGAAGGGCGACGCGUCGGAGCGGGAUAUUAAACUUUCCCUAGAAGACGCGGAGUUAUGGAGCAAAUUUAAAGAGCUCACCAAUGAAAUGAUUGUCACUAAAACUGGAAGGCGAAUGUUUCCCGUGCUUAGGGCCAGUGUCUCCGGUCUGGACCCCAACGCUAUGUACUCGGUCCUGCUGGACUUCGUGGCGGCCGAUAAUAAUCGGUGGAAAUAUGUGAAUGGUGAAUGGGUGCCGGGAGGGAAACCUGAGCCUCAGAGCCCGAGCUGCGUCUACAUCCAUCCAGACUCACCCAACUUCGGCGCGCACUGGAUGAAAGCACCCAUCUCCUUCAGCAAAGUCAAACUCUCCAAUAAACUCAACGGAGGAGGACAGAUUAUGUUGAACUCCUUGCACAAAUACGAGCCCAGGAUUCACAUAGUGAAAGUGGGUGGGAUCCAGAAAAUGAUCAGCAGUCAGUCUUUUCCUGACACUCAGUUUAUUGCGGUCACAGCUUAUCAGAAUGAAGAGAUCACAGCUCUGAAGAUCAAGCACAACCCAUUUGCCAAAGCAUUCCUGGAUGCCAAAGAAAGAAGUGACCACAAGGACGUCCCAGACCACAGCACUGACAACCAGCAAUCUGGAUACUCACAACUCGGUGGCUGGUUCCUGCCCAGUAAUGGCCCUAUGGGCCCCAGCAGCAGCCCUCCUCAGUUCAACGGAGCCCCCGUUCACUCCUCUGGCUCGUACUGCGAGAGAUACUCCAGCCUGAGGAACCACAGAGCUGCUCCGUAUCCCAGCCAUUACCCCCACCGCAGCACCACCAGCAAUAACUACAUGGACAACUCUUCAGGAAGUCUGGCUUCUCAUGAUAGCUGGUCGGCCCUGCAGAUACCCAACUCCAGUGGCAUGGGCCCCCUGGCCCACAGCACCAACACUACCUCCAACACCAGCCAGUACCCAAGCUUGUGGUCCGUUGCGGGGACGACCCUCACCCCCUCGGGCUCAGCAUCGGGGUCCAUCUCGGGCGGCCUGACGUCUCAGUUCCUGCGCGGUUCCUCGGUGUCCUACUCGGGGCUGACCUCCUCUCUGCCCGUGUCCUCUCCCUCCUCUAUGUAUGACCCGGGCCUGAGCGAGGUCGGCGUGGGGGACGCUCAGUUUGAGAGCUCCAUCGCCAGGCUUACAGCGUCCUGGACGCCUGUGGCCCAGAGCUACUGAGAUCCAUCAGACUGUGACUCUCAGGACUCGAUCUGAGGUGAAGAUCUCGUCGUUUCGACAAUCAGAAGGCCUGUGCGAAAGGAAACGAGUUGAUUUUCUUAAUUCAUAUCUGUAUGGUAUCGUGGCACGAAGUAAUGACGAGAGACAAUCACUUAAUCAUAGAGUAUCUAUAGUUGCAAAAACCAUUUGGGGCCAAUUAUGGUGUUUAUUGUUCUUAAUAAUAUUAUCUAAAAGAUUAAUAAGACCAAAUCAUGCUGUUGACUGACUAAAAUGUAUAUGUGUGUAAAUAAAUAGAAAUGAAUGCCCAUUUUCAUGGUUUUACUGGAUGUAACAGUAACAUGUGCUUUCUGUAGAGCAGGAGAAAGACAGACUUUAGUUUGAAAUGGUGAAAACAGUUUGAGCUUCGUCUGCAGUCCAUCCUAUAGAGAAAUAAUUUGUACAUAUCUAUCUAUUUGUAUUUGUUGGACUC